AAAUUAUGUAAAGUUUCUUCAUUUCAAACUUUCUUUUUUUUCAUAUAUUGACUCCAAAAAGACUAUUCGUUCUUCACUAAUGUCUAUUCUUAUCUUCUCCUUAUUCUUAACAAUCUAAAACUCUUCAAGUUUGAUUCAAGGUUCAUCAGAAAACAUUAAAAUUAAAAAUAUAACUAAAGGAAAACUGAAAUUAAAACAAAUUAAAAUUUUCCUGCUUCUCUUAAACUUUAAAUGUAUAAUCUAUUUUGUUUUUAAUUUAGCGAUUGUAUUCAGUUAUGUAUAUCCUAGCUUCAACUAUACAGAACAGACCUAAGGUGAACAGCCUUUAGUUAACCUAACCUCUAAUCAUUUCUGAUUUUGCAAAUAUCCGAUAGUAGACCUGUCAUUAAGAAGAACAAGAAGAAAAAUAAUAAAAGUAUUUUUUACGUCAUAAACGAUUGUGAAUACAAAUCUGUUGUACUUGAUCUUUGCUAGCCUCUGUUACUCUCCGCGACUCUUGGUAACGCGCAAUUUUAGAUGUACAUAUGAUGUGCAUAUAUAUAUAUAUAUUAUAAAAAGAUUUAUACAUUUGCGUCGACGUGUAUUCAACUUAAUUGUUAAAUACGAUGAUGUCUGAAACGAAUGCUAGGAGAGAAGCGAGGAGACGACGGAUAUUAGAAAACUCAGAAAGUCGUCUACGCAGAAUUACGGGAAGGAUCGAUCCGGACGAAAAGACAGAUAAUCCACAAGUAGAAACUGAAACUUUCUAUAGAAAUCUUAAAGCAGAAUCAAAUUUUGAAAAGGAUAAUGUAAGAAAUGGUAUCUGUAAUAUCAACAGUAAUGUGGAAUUACAAGAUAGUACAAGAUCCAAUGAUAAAUAUCAAGAUUUUUUAAAUAAUACUAAUGAUAAAAAUACAUAUUUACCAAAUCAAGUAUCCAAGUCGAAAUUUAUCUUAUGUACAUUGUUCAAUCGUAUUAGUUUUAUUUUGCUUGCUGGGAUCGUUAAUAUUUUACUGGUGCUGAAACUCGACAAUUUAUUUGGACAUGCAAUCCUUAUACCUUUUUUCUUAUUGAUGUUGGGACGUCUUUACAACUAUAUGACGUUACAUGAAGUGCAAGAUGGCAGUUUAUUAGUCACUGCACUUAUAUUGUGCAAUGUCAAACCUAGAUUAAUUUAUAUAUGCAAAGUAUCAUUUGCAUUAUUUACCAUGAUACUUAAUGAUUUUGGUUUAUAUAUGUUUAGUUUUGUACUGAUACGUUAUGUUAUUAUUCAUUAUUACUAUUAUGAUGCUGCAGUACCAAUAAAUGCAUAAUUAUAUAUAAUAAUUGAAUAAAAAUAAAAUGGAA